AUAUGACCAAUGUCAUAUUUAUUAUCACUAUGUAUAUAUUGGCACUUAAUACACCCGGAGAGAUUGGUUAGAGGUUGUUAUUAUUGUUAUUCAUUGUCUAGUUGUCCAGAUAUGAUGUUUUGUAUGAGUUCAUUUUUAUUUUCAUUGUGACCUUUUUAAUCACAGUUAAUUAGUACAUAUGUGUACUGUUCAUUUUGACCUCUCUUUUACUUCUUUCUUCAUUUUUUCUUUUUAUUACAGUUAGAACAUGAUGUUCGAGGGUUGGUAAUGACACAAUAUGCAUGCUCCCCGUGCAUUCUGUAUGAAAUCCUACAGAAGUACUGAUAUGAUGCUACUUCAGUUACACAUUUGACGAAUACAUCACUAGCAGCAAUUUUAAAGGUUCUUUCAGUUAGAUAUGCAUAUGUGCCUGAUAGGACAGGACGCUCCAUUUGUUGUAUAAUGUAUAAUCAUGCCAUUCUCUCAGCAGGGGGUCGUAAGCACAAUACGCUUUUUUAUUUAUUUAAUUUCCAAACACAUCGCCGGUAUACUGUAAGCAUUCAAAUACUAAAGCAGUGACAUUAUUUGAUUUUAAAAAACAAACCAACAAACAUGCCCUGACUUGUCUCCAGGACAUGGGGGGCCUCAGCAGGCAGGCUAUGCUUCCUCAAUCUCCACCCCCUUUCCACAGAUACCCGACCAACUACAUUCUACUGUCAUCUGGAACUUGAUUGAGAGAAGGAGACUCUUUUUUUCCCCAACCCCUAUUUAAUUCAACAUGGCGCAGCAGAAGUCUUCAGGUAAUAUCCACCCUUUACUGAUUACCACAAACCCAUCAUCCAUCAUUGGAGAACAUUCCUAUCAUUAGAAAUUCCUAUGUAAAACACUAUUGUCUAAACAUUGACUAAUAUUUGUUUUUAAAGAGUGCUCAUUAGAUAUAGAAUAUAAUGUGUAGAUAUAUAUGUACUGUAUGAUAUAGAUUUCCUUUUCAUCUCUGACAUUAUCUUAAAAUAUGCUUGAUACUACUGUGUUGCCAGGCAAAUUCUAUUGUUUUAGAUCAACUUUAUACAGAAUGUUCUAGACUUUUUAUUUUUAUUAACAGAGCCCAAAUGGCUGCAAGUCUACCUUCCUUUAGUCCUUCAUAACACUAGAGUGCUGAUUAAAAGAUAAGACACUGGGGAUAGCAUGGCUAUGCUAGGAAAGCUCUAGGAGUGCAAUACAUCAUGCUCAGAGGACGACGUCACGAUGCAAAACAUUUUAACAUAAGAAAGCAGACCAAAUGCAAGUAUAAAGUCUGAUUUAACGCCAAGGGGUCAAGCUGAUAGCUUUCAACAGUAAUUGUAUCAGCUGGUUGGGGGGAGUGGUCUAGAUGCAGGAGGGAGUGGCCUAGAUGGGUCAUUUGUACUUUGCCAUUGAAGAAACAAGGCUGGUGGAUGGACGGCUGACAGGUGUGAAACUUCUUUCAUGUUUUAUGGCUUCCAGAUGUCCGCUUCCUGAUGCUUUGAUCCCUGACACAUAGCUGGACGACUUUCUCUCGGAAAUUUAACCUGGCCCUGGAGGACCGUUCCUUCGAGACAAAGGCCACCACUUGCCGGGCUCCUUCGUACGACUCAUCGGUGACCUCGAUGCCCCCUGCAGAGCUAGAGACCCCCAUGCCCGUCCUCCUGAAAGCAAAAUUCUCAAAGCUUCCGGUGUGGGAUUUUGAGGAUAUUUAUAACCAGGAUGCACCUCCCAGACAGUCGACGUGCCGCCAAUCCCUCAGGAAUUCCCCGGAUGAGAGUUUCAGGAAGGCUUUCCUUCCCAACAUGCGCUUGUUCCUGCACAAAAACAACAUCAACAUGAGCGAGUGGAACAGACUGUCCCACUUUAACAAUCCCUUUGGCUUCAUGGGCUUCACUUACGGUGAUGUCAUGUCCUCUGUGAAGUUGAUCCCGAGGCCAAAGGAGCCUCUCCUCCUCCCGAAGCCAGGCGGCGAUGGCUGCAUUCGUUGCGCCGUGGUGGGAACCGCCGGGAUCCUCAAUGGCUCCAAAAUGGGGAAAGAAAUCGAUGCACACGAUUACGUCUUCCGGGUGAACGGCGCCGUCAUCAAGGGUUACGAGGACGAUGUGGGGAACAAAACGUCUGUCUACGUCCACACGGCUCACUCCAUCACCACGUCCUUGUAUUUAUUCAAGAAGUACGGCUACAAGUCGGCUCCCCACGAUGAGGGGAUCAGAUACGUGAUUAUCCCAGAGGGCAUGAGGGACUUCCAGUGGCUGGGAGGGCUCCUGAGAGGGGACAGGGUGCCGCUCGGCCCGUACAAAGGCAAACGGCCCAGGACGUACUACGCGAGGCAGUUCAACGAGAGCCGCUUUUACGUCCUGCACCAGGACUUCCUCCGAUACGUGCGGAACAGUUUCCUGAAGUCUCCCCACUUGAACGCACGUUACUGGGCAAUUGUCAGACCGACCAACGGCGCUUUUACUAUCUUCCUGGCCCUCCACACGUGCGACACGGUGGACGCGUACGGCUUCAUGACGCAGGACUACGCCAAAUACUCCAACUACUACUUCGAGAGGGGGGGCAAAAGCCGCGUGGUUUUCUACGCCAACCACGACUACGUGUUGGAAAUGAAAACCUGGAAGAAACUCCACGACAGCAAGAUAAUGCGUCUUUAUCAAAGGACUGAACAAGAAGCUGUAGGAUAAUAUUAUAUUAGCCGCACGGUGCUCUAGUGGUUAGCAUGGUGGUUAGCAUGUUGGCCACACAGUCACAGUCUGGAGAUGGGGAAGACCUGGGUUCGAUUCUCUGUUGGGCAUUUCUGUGUGGAGUUUGCAUGUUCUCCCCGUGCGUGUGUGGGUUUUCUCUGGGUACUCCGGUUUCCUCCCACAUCCCAAAAACAUGCAUGUUAGCUUCAUUGGAGACUCUAAAUUGUCCAAAGGUAUGAAUGUGAGUGUGAAUGGUUGUUUGUCUAUAUGUGCCCUGCCAUUGGCCAGGGUGUACCCCGCCUGUUGCCCAAAGUCAGCUGGGAUAGGCUCCAGCAUCCCCCGCUACCCUAAUGAGGAGAAGCGGUAUAGAAAAUGGAUGGAUGGAUGGAACGUGUUAGCUGAGCGAGUAAAUAUUUAUUACAAGUCGAUUUUAGAAUAACUGUUUGCAUUGAUGUUUAUUGAUUGAAUUAUUAACUGAGUGCCUUAUAAAAAUAACUGUUUUAUGAUAAACUGGGUGAGUGAUUACAAGUAGUUUAUAGAAAUAAUGCUUUAUUAAACAAUUAGCUGAGGAGAUGAACAACUGUUUAAGUAUGUCAAAGUUCAAGCUAAUGCCAGCUCACACAUUGUGUACAAUCAGCGAAGGCUAGCCGGGACCAGCAGCCAGAUUUGGGAACAAAAACAAGUCAGUAGGCCUUGAGAGAGACGGGGUGAAGUAUGUGCUGUUUGUGCAAAAAAAGUGUCAACAAGUCAACGAAAGCUACGGCUAUCACCUGCUGGCAUCACACAAGCUUUGUCAAAAAUCUGGUAGACAGUUAUCUUGGGAGACACUGGCGCCAAUGGUCUGGGAAAACAAUUCUAAAAAGGCGGAGGGGACUAGCAAUCAAGGCCGACUCUCUCUCCUUCUGGUCGGGGAUCCUUGGUUCCAAAACAGUAGAAAAAAGCAAUUCGUAACUGGUAGAAUCAGUUAGGGAGAGAUGUCGGAUUUCACUUACAAAAACAAGGUCAUCAAGGUGAAGGUAAAAAAAAACAGACGAACACGCAAACACAUGGGGAGCUCAUGUGUCUGGCGCAUACAAGCUUGGGUAAAUGAUUUUGGGGUUUACUGAGAAUGGUUUCUUGAGUGUCAAAAAGGUGUAGAAUUCGAGGGUCAGAGAAUGUUGAAAAGAGGGAAAGUGGAAGUGAAAUAUGAAGGAAUAUGAGAGAAUAUGAGAGAAAGAAACAGAAAGUAGGGAAAGAAGGUUGGAAUGUAAUGCAGGGUAAUGACAUACCUGUAGAGUAGCAUGAAAAUCAUGAACAAACAUACACUCAUAUUCAUAUCAUUUGGAAGCUAAAUAUGCACCUAAAAUGUUAAAUAAGACUGAGAUGGAAGUGCAGGCAAUUGUUUUUAAGUCUGUCUUGUCACGAUCUGUCACGGACGAGUUGAGGCUGUCGAGUGCUUGACCCCCAGCAUGCAGAGAAGAGGCGGUGGCGUGCAAAUAAAAGUCUUUAAUUGCGCAUGUGCAGGAACUCACAAAUGAACAGGAGCAAAACAAAAGCAACAGAGGAAAGAGCUCUGUGGAAAACAACACGAUAGGAAGUAUCAUCAGGUAAGUAACAGCACCGGUGAGGAGAAAAGAGGCAAUGAGCCAGCGCCGGUCUCGAGGCGGUGCUGGGCUUUUAAACCCCACUCGUGUCAAUUGCCGACAGCUGCGUAGCAACCACCUGGGGUGAAGCGGCUGCAGAUUACAUAUGGCCUAGUGCUUAAAUGUGGGCCCUGGAGUGUGUGUGUGUGUGCAGCGCUGUGUGAUGUGUCCUUGUGUGUGUAUGUGUAUGUGUGUGUGUGUGUGUGUGUGUGUGUGAAUUCUCUUCAAGGCUACUCUCACAUCCAAAAUCACGCAUGUUCCGAGGGUUGUUUGUAAGAAGAUGACACUUGUUAGAAGUUGCAUCAAAUUGGGUACACAUUUAAGAAAAAUCAAAAGUUGGCCUGAUUGGGGAUUCGAACAAGGCGUGUCCAAAGCGUGGUUCAGAGGCCACUUGCAGACCACAGCUGCUUUUUUGUUGGCCGCAGAGCACUCUAAAAAUCAAUAAGGCAAUAUUUUGGUUCUUUUGGCAUAUUUUUUGUUCUUGGGUUUUAGAAUUAUGUACAAAAUUGAAAAUGACUCCCUAUAUCACAAAGGUGUCAAUGGGAAUAAAUAGUUGAUGUACAAAACCCAUGUUUCUUUGCAAAUGAAUAAUGAUUGAUGCGUUUGACUUCAUGCUAGAAUUGUCAAGUGUGGUGCAGUUUGGAGUAAAUCUGUCUUCAACUAAAGACGAGUUGUACAAAAUUCCAAAUGACUAAAUCUUAUGUUGCCAUGGCAACUCCAAACUGAACAAUGUAACGAUCGGGCUCUUUUGUAAAACUGACUGACUCAGCUCGCAUUGAUGGAGUUUACUGACCUGUGUUACUGCACUACAACUCAAUGGCGCUCUAGCAUGUCUCUGAAUUUGGAAGCCGUUUAAAAUUUUGAUUUGGGCAAAACAAACUCAUACGUUUGUGUGUGUUUUACCGGUAGCUUGCACUCUGUGACACUUCAUCAAGACCAUCUUCCAUCGCUCCAAGGUGGUGGGAGCACUUCGGUGGGAAGUGGAAGACAGGGUGUUGGAGGCCUUGAGGAACUUCCCACCCCCCCUCCAGCAGAUUGUCAGUUCGUGGUGCCGAAGUUGCGUUCUGAUGUUAUCGCCUGGGGCCACUCCUCCAAGUUGGCCUGUCGCAUGCGGUUCGUGUUGUCCCAGCGUUUCUGGUGGCCAUCUGUCACGGAGGACACCAGGCAGCCUGCUCUGUAUACUCCCGGAAUAAGUCCUCUCAUACAGCGCCAGCGGGGCUCUUGUCGUCCCUCCCUAUUCCAUCAAGACCUUGGUCUCAUAUCGCCAUGGAUUUCGUCACAGGUUUGCCACCCUCCAAGAGUCACUCUGUUGUUCUCACUAUUGUGGAUCGCGUCUCCAAGAUUGCUCAUUUUGUCCCUCUUGUUAAGCUUCCGUCUUCGCUGGAGACGGCAGAGCUGCUGGUUCUCCACAUGGUCCGACUUCAUGGCAUCCCGGUGGACAUUGAUUCUGACAGGGGUCCACAGUUCACUUCGGCGGUGUGGAAGGCCUUCUGCAAGGCCCUGGGGGCCCUUCCCAGUCUGUCAUCUGGCUAUCAUCCCCAAACCAAUGGCUAGACGGAGCGUACUAACCAGG